ACCAUGUGUAGCUGCUGGCCGCCGGCUGCUGUCAAAGAAAGAUGUAUGGGGAAGAAGGGUUGUAUUGAAUUGAUCCAACGGUCAGAGCCCAAUAUAACGCUCGCCGGCUCGCGCACGAAAGCGUUGACAAGGAAAUAUUAAUUUUGACUAAAUAUUAAGGUUGAACUAUAGACCCACUGCACAUUUUUCCAAACUUGAAUAAAAACGGAAUGCGGCGGAUGAUGCUCUUUAUCAUCAUCAUCAUCAUCAUCAUCAUCAUCAUCUUCUUCUUCAUCAUUAUCAUCUAUUCAAUUCUUUACUCAUCUCCUAAUUCCAAAAUCACACAAGCUCUCCUAUCAUCUGCCGACCUCCCGGUUCCAUUAAUACCCCAAGGAAAAAUCCAUUUCCCUGUUUUUAGUUUUCAUUUCUCUCUUUUUAUCAUUAGAAAGACAAGGAAUCUUGCUCUCCCCCUCUCUUUCUCUCGGUCUGAAAACUGUAUUGCUUCCUAAUUUUUUCAUGGCAAUUUCUCCUCAGCAUUUCCCACCGAGGAAACGACGACCAUCCGCCGGGUCUUUCAUUUCUCCAAAUGUUUCCGACCGCAAACUGGUUCAAUCGCUGCUGCUUCUCUCUCAAGAGAUCUCUGACCUCAAACCUCUCCAGUUUCUUCUCAGCCGUGCUUCGUCUUCCAUCAUCCGAAAGUCCAAACUCCUUGCUGUUUUAUUCGAGGAGAUUCUACGCACUUCCAUCACUUUUCUUCCUCAAACCGCCGUUCUGUGCUUCCAAGAGAUUUACAUCGUCUUGCAGAGAAUCAAGACAUUGAUAGAAGAUUGCUCCAAUGGGAGCAAGAUGUGGCUUCUCAUGCAGAACGAAUCUGUCGCUAACAGCUUUCACGAGCUGACGCUGGAUUUGUCCACCCUUCUCGAUAUAUUUCCUGUUAAGGACUUCGAUUUGAGCCAUGAUGUCAAGGAGAUUGUCCUUCUCGUCAGAAAGCAGUGCCGAGGGGAGAUAGAAGCUUUUAUCGAUCCCGGGAACAAGAGUCUUAGACAUGAUGUAUUGAAGCUAUUAGAUCAGAUUAAGCAAGAAAUCGUUCCUGAUCAGUCAAAGCUGGCACACAUCUUUGACAAAUUGGGUUUGCGUGAUUCCAUCAGCUGCAGAGACGAGAUCGAGAGUCUCCAAGACGAGGUUCGUAAUCAGAACUGCGAGAAAUCCACAGCGGAGAUGGUCGCUUUGAUGGGUCUCGUUCGCUACGGGAAGUGCGUUCUCUUCGGAGCAUCGACGCCGACUUCCGACGGUAAACAUGAUUCUCUGGUGACAGAUACCAUUUUUCCUGCCGAUUUCCGGUGUCCUAUCAGCCUCGAAUUGAUGCGAGAUCCAGUCGUCGUGGCCACGGGACAUACCUACGAUCGAGCCUCCAUCGGCCUCUGGAUCGAUUCAGGGCACAAGACGUGUCCAAAGACAGGUCAAACCUUGUCCCACACGAACAUGAUACCCAACCUGGCAUUGAAGAACCUGAUACUGCUAUGGUGCCGCGAGCAGAAAAUUCCGAUUGAAGCCGAAGACUCCAACUCCAAAUCCAAAGUCAACAGCGUGAUAGUUAACAAAGCAGCUUUAGAGGCAACGAAGAUGACCGCUACAUUCCUCGUCAACAAACUAUCGUCUUCUCCGUCAACAGAGGCGGCCAAUCGCAUUGUUCACGAGCUCCGAGUACUUGCCAAAACGGACUCGGAUAGCCGAGCAUGCAUCGCCGAGGCCGGGGCCAUUACAUCGCUAGUAAGGUACCUAGGUUCGGAGGACCCAAACUUGCAGGUUAACGCCGUUACGACGAUUCUCAAUCUUUCCAUCCUGGACGCCAAUAAAACCAGGAUAAUGGAAACAAACGGCGUGUUGGACGGCGUUAUCGGGGUGUUGAGAUCAGGUGUCAUGUGGGAGGCAAGGGGUAAUGCAGCGGCCACGAUUUUCAGCUUAACAGCCGUGCACGACUAUAGAAAGAAGCUGGGGAGGAAGACGCGCAUCAUAAAAGGAUUGAUAGAGCUGGCUAAGGCGGGGCCCUCCAGUUCAAAGAGAGAUGCUUUAGCGGCAAUUUUGAAUUUGGCGGGAGAGAGGGAGGUCGUUAAAAGGUUAGUUGAAGGAGGGAUAGUGGAGACGGUAGUGGAGGUCGUGGAUGAAUUACCGGAGGAGGCGGUGACAAUUCUAGCAGCAAUAGCCAAGAGGGGCGGAGCGCUGGCCGUUGCAUCGGCUAACCAGGCCGUUAGAAAGAUUGCGUUGGUGUUGAGGAAUGGUCCGGAGAGAGCGAGAGAGAGUGCUGCCUCAGCACUUGUUUCAGUGUGUCGGAAUGGCGGGCAGCAGGUGGUGGCGCUACUCGCGGAAACGCGAGGGAUUGAAAGGGCAAUAUGGGAACUGAUGGGUGGCGCUGGCGGAACAGCUAGAGCAAAACAGAAAGCAGCCUCACUAUUACGGAUUCUUCGUCGCUGGUCCGCCGGGGUGGAUUAUCAUCAACAUCAACAUCAUCAAAUGCAGGAAGGAUUCUCUUCGACUGCCGUUACCAAUACCACAUCGAGGACUAUUCUGCAUGUUUGAAACUUUUCUUUAUUUCAUUGAUUUUUAUUCUACUAAAUUUCUUUAAGUGUAUAUUAAUUUGGAAAGAAAAUUCAAUCCUGUAAUUCACUCUUUUCGGCUAUGCUUUGAUAAUUUGUUGUUUUUCAAAUCUUUUGAUGACAUGAAUGCAGUUGGAAUAACAAUAACUAA